UGAGUGAGUAAAAGAGACGGAGAGAGAGAGAGAGAGAGAGAGAAAGAGAGAGAUAGAGAGAGAACAGAAAUUCAUCCGAUUGGCGCUCCAAUACUACAGUCGACAGUCCUACCGUCGAUGAGAAGAUGGCCGCUGGGCUCGGUAGAAGUGUCGCCAUUGUUUAGUGUUUAGUUAUUUUAACAAUUCUCGCAUUAUUUUCUUUCGGUCAGCACGGAAAAAAUGCCAAGCGCAUCGUUUACGUCAUCGCGCAACUACGUGCGAAGAUCAAGAAGAAAAGGAGCUAACAGAAUCCCCCUACCUUCAAGAACCACCUCGGCCGAGCCAUGCGAAUUGCCAUGUCCAGCAUCAAAUCAGAUUCCUACUGGAGGUGGUGUUGGUGGAGGAGGAGGAGCAGGAGCAGGAGGUGGUGGUGGUAAUGGUGGAAGAGGCUCUUCACCUAGUGUAUCAGGUGUAGCUGCACCUUCACCUUCCCCAUCACAUUCACAUUCUUCGCCGUAUGAUUUGAGGCGUAAAAGUCCACCUCAUCCGGAUCCAGCACCUGGCACAAGUUCUGCACUACCUCCCUCGGGUGGCAGUAGUAUUGCUGCUACCCUUGGCAGUUUUACUCUUCCAGCAAGGAAACGACCACGGCGAACGUGUUCACUUUCUGCAGAUGGUACAAAUACAAAUACAGCAGCACAUUAUCUACAAUAUGAAUUACCAGACGAAGUGUUGCUUACUAUAUUCAAUUAUUUAAUGGAACAAGAUCUGUGCAGAGUUUCACAAGUUUGUAAACGUUUUCAAGCUAUCGCAAAUGACACAGAACUAUGGAAAUCCCUCUACCAACAAGUAUAUGAAUAUGACUUACCUUUGUUUAAUCCAGCCCCUUGUAAAUUUGAAUUUGUUUCUCCGGAUGAGUCUGAUUAUCCAAAUCCAUGGAAAGAAAGCUUUAGACAAUUAUAUAGGGGGGUACACGUUAGACCUGGCUUCCAGGACUUAAAAUUCAAAGGACGAAAUUUGCCGUAUUUCAAUACGGUUCAAGGAGCAUUAGAUUAUGUAGACGAAUACAGAAGCAGCAAUAGUAAUUCCUCGAGUAACGCAAAUACUAGUGCUCAAGGAAAUUGUUGCGGGAGUAAUUCUCAAACAAUAGAAGAAGCACCUCAACACCUAGUAUUCUUACAUGCUGGAACAUACAGAGGUGAAUUUCUUGUAAUCGAUAGUGAUGUUGCACUGAUUGGAGCAGCUCCUGGUAAUGUGGCAGAAUCAGUCAUAUUAGAAAGAGAAAGUGAAUCUACUGUAAUGUUUGUAGAAGGUGCUAAGCGUGCAUAUGCUGGGCACCUUACUUUAAAGUUUACUCCAGAUGUUACUAGUACAGUUCCACAUCAUAAACAUUAUUGUUUGGAAGUGGGUGAAAACUGUAGUCCUACAGUUGAUCACUGCAUUAUUAGAAGCUCGAGUGUGGUGGGAGCAGCUGUUUGUGUAUCUGGUGUUGGCGCUAAUCCUGUCGUAAAGAACUGUGACAUAUCAGAUUGUGAAAAUGUUGGGCUUUAUGUUACUGAUUAUGCACAGGGAACUUACGAAGACAAUGAAAUAUCUCGGAAUGCAUUAGCUGGUAUUUGGGUUAAAAAUUAUGCAAAUCCAAUUAUGAGAAGGAACCAUAUUCAUCAUGGUAGAGAUGUUGGAAUAUUUACAUUUGAUAACGGUCUUGGAUAUUUUGAAGCCAAUGAUAUUCAUAAUAACAGAAUAGCAGGUUUUGAAGUAAAAGCUGGUGCCAAUCCAACAGUUGUACAUUGUGAGAUACAUCAUGGUCAAACAGGAGGAAUUUAUGUUCACGAAAACGGCUUAGGACAAUUUAUUGAUAACAAAAUUCACUCCAAUAAUUUUGCUGGAGUUUGGAUUACUUCGAAUUCAAAUCCAACAAUUCGUAGAAAUGAAAUUUAUAAUGGUCAUCAAGGAGGAGUGUAUAUAUUUGGAGAAGGAAGGGGUUUAAUAGAACAUAAUAAUAUUUAUGGUAAUGCUUUGGCUGGAAUACAAAUCAGAACAAAUUCAGAUCCAAUAGUUAGGCAUAAUAAAAUACAUCAUGGUCAACAUGGAGGCAUAUAUGUACAUGAAAAAGGACAAGGUUUAAUAGAGGAAAACGAAGUCUAUGCCAAUACUUUAGCAGGAGUUUGGAUUACUACAGGAUCAACUCCAGUUUUAAGAAGAAAUCGAAUUCAUAGUGGCAAACAAGUUGGGGUUUAUUUCUACGAUAACGGGCAUGGAAAGCUAGAGGAUAAUGAUAUUUUCAAUCAUUUGUAUUCAGGAGUACAAAUAAGAACUGGAAGUAAUCCAGUGAUACGUGGAAAUAAAAUAUGGGGCGGACAAAACGGUGGUGUUCUCGUGUACAAUAGUGGUUUAGGCUUACUUGAACAAAAUGAAAUUUUUGAUAAUGCCAUGGCAGGUGUAUGGAUUAAAACAGACAGUAAUCCUACAUUAAAAAGGAACAAGAUAUUUGAUGGGAGAGAUGGAGGAAUUUGUAUAUUUAAUGGUGGUAAAGGUGUCUUAGAAGAAAAUGAUAUAUUUCGAAAUGCGCAAGCUGGAGUGCUUAUAUCUACACAAUCCCAUCCAGUAUUAAGGAGAAAUCGAAUUUUUGAUGGAUUAGCAGCAGGCGUUGAAAUAACUAAUAAUGCUACUGCAACAUUAGAAUUUAAUCAGAUCUUUAAUAAUCGAUUUGGUGGUUUAUGUUUAGCAAGUGGUGUACAACCAACGACUAGAGGCAAUAAAAUAUUCAACAACCAAGAUGCUGUCGAAAAGGCAGUCGGGAAUGGUCAAUGUUUGUACAAAAUAUCAUCAUAUACGUCUUUUCCAAUGCAUGACUUUUAUCGCUGUCAAACGUGCAACACUACAGAUCGUAAUGCAAUAUGUGUAAACUGUAUAAAAACUUGCCAUGCAGGACACGACGUCGAAUUUAUCAGACAUGAUCGGUUCUUUUGCGACUGUGGUGCUGGUACAUUAAGUAACCAGUGUCAACUUCAAGGUGAGCCUACACAAGACACUGAUACAUUGUACGAUAGUGCUGCACCAAUGGAGUCACAUACACUUAUGGUUAACUAGGAAUUAACCUGAACUAAUUUAAAUAAUCAAACGACAUUGAACAUUUAAAUGGAAAAAAAUACCGAACUUUCCAUGUGUCCUUCGUUACGAGAGAGAGAGAAAGAAAGAGAGAGAGAGAGAGAAAGAGAGAGAGAGAGAGAGAGAGAGAGAGAGAGAAAGGUGUCUACUAUCUAAAUUUUAUGUGAAAAGAGUGCAGUGAUAACUGUGUAAAAGAUAAUUUGUGUGUAUAUGCCCUGAUGAAGAAGACAUUGAAUAAAAUUGCUACUGGGACGUUUUAAUGAACUAUGUUAAAAAAUCCAGUACAGUGCAAAGGCAUAUUAUGGUAAAAUCUCUACGGUAUAUAUAUAUUAUAGUGCCGAAUAAAAUGUAAAUUAUGUACAUCGUAAGGAACUCGGUAGAAUAGCGGUAUUGACUGGUCCUCUUGCUAUUAAAAACCAGAAAGCAUGAACAUUAUAACACGUGAAGUAUAUUAACAAAAUUUGCACAACAGUUGACAAAAUAAUAGUAGUGUAUACAGGAACGUAUAAAACAAAACAGAAAGAAAGAAGAAGAAGUGCACAUAUUAUACUUAAAAUUUGCGAAACUAAAAAAAAAAAGAAAAAAUAAAAAAAACCAUAGACUGUUCAAAGAAAUCUCGAUAAAUACAUUUACGAAGAAAAUCGACUGUCAAUAAGAUAUAUGAAAUGCGAGUUUAAAUCGACUGUCAAUAAGAUAUAUGAAGUGCGACUUUAGUUAUGAAUUUAUCAAAUAAGCGAGAUAUCACAAUUUCACAAGGAAGAGAAAAGGAUACAAGAAAAAAAAAGAAAAGAAAAGAAAAUGAAGAAUACCAAAAUAGAUAUAUCUAAAAAAAACACAAUAUACAACUGGAAUAUAAUCAAAAUGGAGAUAAACACCUAUGUAUACAUUUUAAUAAUUUUUGAAUGUAAAAAAAUGUAUUUCGUGAUAUAUCGGCGCGUAUGGCAUCCCUUUAAUUCCACCACUUGCAUCGUAAAUUGUGAUGGUCCUAAGUUGCCUAAGAGCAAAGUGCAUAAUAAGAUAAAGAAAAAAUAUUUAAACUAUAAUAAAUUAAAACACAGUGUAUAAUGGUGUUUACCAAUUAACAAAAACAACAAGUAAGAAAAAAUGAACUGUCUGAGAGGUGCAGUUUUUAAUCUACAUAUAAUCUCGUAUCUUAUACGAAUAAUCUGUUUUUUCUUUCUUUUUUUUUCUCUCUUCUUUUUUUAAAAAGAAAAAAAAAAACUUUAUGUUAGUAACAACGUCUAAUCAUAUUAUUGUAAUUGCGAGUCAAGAGCCAACCUCUGCUUUGUAUGAAACGAGCGCCUAUUAGCAAUAAUUUUAGAUGCAACCCUUCUCCGUUUAUGCGAUUUAAUAUAAAUAUAAGUAGAAGAAAAAAAUAUUAUAUAUAUAUUAAAAUCAUUAAUGUAGAAUAUAUAUUGUGUUUGGCCAACCAAAUUGUACAACAUAUAUAUUCAUUAUUGUAUUUAGUGAUUUUGUAUAUUGUUUAAGAAAAGGAAAAAAAAAACAAGUGGAUAAUGUCACGUCGAAAUUGCCUUUGAAUUUACUGACCUUUAAAGAGGUCUGUAGUAUUACUGUACUAAGGUGUCAUAUUAUGCAUAGUAUAACUACAUAUGAUAUCGAACAAGUAUAUGCACUGAAAAAAAAAAAAAAUAAGAUAAAAUAAAAUAUCAAAGGCAUUUUUCGCUCGUGUAUUAAUAGGCCUUAAAAAGCUUCAAAUUGAAUGUUUUUGAGUGAGAUAUAUUGUAUGGUAUGUUAUAUUUUGUUGGAUAGCGUUCAAUUGUGAAUUUUUUCUUGAAACUUGAAGUGAAGAAACUACAGAGAAAUGGAAACAGAAACGAAAAAGAACA